UUGAUUAUCACAAAUCCUUCAACGUAAUCAAAAGUUUUCUCCUUCGAAAUCAGAUGUUCUUGGUCCCUUGAAAAUGCAGAGAAGUCAGACUAUGCUCAAGAUAGAACCUUACCAUAUGCGGUGCUGGUUCAAGAAAAAUCCGUGCCCGAGUGAUUAUGCCAAACUGUCCAAGCCCGCCAAGAACACUGUAGAAAAGUUCAGAAUUCCGCUUCUCAGAACAGGUUUAUAAUUCACAUCUCGGGUACAUACAUUCCCUGCCUAGAUUUCCUGCAUAAAAAGGAUGGAUACAGAGCUGUCCUAAACACAUGUUGCAACCAAGCUUCCUCUUUCAUAUUCUCAAGAAAAAAAAAAAUUCUGAUCGCGUUGUCUCCGUGGUACUGUUCAUGUGUAUCCUCGCUUGCCAUAAAUUGCUUAAGAAACAAAAAAAGCACCAUAGCUGCAUUUUUAAGUGCUUUGUGUUAUCUCAUUACAAAAGUCUUAACUGUCAGCAUGACAUACUGAACAGGGAAGAGAAAAGAUUGUAUGGUAUAUGUACUUAUUGGUGGUCCUGAAAGACCAAGUAAGGCCUUGUCAUGAUAUUUAUUUCACGAGUAAUUAGGUCUUAGUUGGAGUUGAUAUGUGUUCUUUGCUCAGAAUUUUAAUAAAAAAAAGGAAAAAUCAACACCACUUUGUGCUACUUGCAAUAAAUAAACAUAGAGAUAGUCACAUAUAAUGUAUGUAUAGUGUUAACUUUGUGUGUAUGUGUGUUGUUUCUUCCAGUUACAUCAUGUUCUAUUUGUUGUGAGCUUGAAAGAUGUAGGGGCCUUGCUUACAUAGUCGGGAAAAAUGGAAGCAAAUGCUGAAGAAGAUGGCAAUGAGGAGUGACAGUUUGAACAAAGGAGGCAUUGAAAAUGGAAAAAGGUAAAUCGCCGUGAAGAUUGCAAAUAAGAAGAUAGUUGAGCAUUAAGACUGUUUAAGUGGCAUCAUGAUGAGCACAAUAUGAAUAUUAAACCACCACCACCAUUGCCGCAAAAAAAAAAAAAAAACAAUAAGGUUACGAAUCCACAAACGUAUUAAUGUAAUCAUUACUCUCUAUUUGAUACAUGUAUCUGAAUUUCCUACUUUUUCUUAA